AUCGAUGGCGGUUCCGGUUACCUCCGAACCGGCGGUUCCCAUGGUCGGUUCGAAACCGCAAGUCUAAUUACAGCUCUAGCCUCUAAUUCCAGUCGACCCCUACUGUCUCAUCUGUUUUCGUUUUCUUCUUCGUAUCAUCUCCGACCGGCGCCGCCUGGUCUUUGCCUUGUCUCAGUUCGGCUUUGCCUUGUCUGCGACGGACGUGACAGGCAUUGUCUGCAUCUUCUUUGUAGCUUCUUUGAUUGCAAGGAUAUGUGGUAAAUCGACAGAUGUUGCUCUCGUCGACGAGUAUGAGUUCCAUUGCGCUGCAUUCGUUUCUACAUCUUUCCCCUAGAAAAGCCACACCACAGACUUCCUUUUUAUGUGCCAUUGAUGAUGCUAAAUUUAGUUUGAGAUUGGUUGGGAAGUCUCAUUCUGUUCUGAAAGGCUUGACGUGCUUUGCUGAGUCGAGAAAAUCAGAUCAAAAUGCUGAAACUAAUCGCCAUCAGUCGAAGCCAGCAAGAAAAUCCCGGAAAUCUAAGGUUAGUAAAAGUGAGGUCGAGAACACAGAGGGAUCCUUCCCUAAAAUGCUUCCUAAAAAGCCAAGGCGAGGUCGUAGGAGCGAAGCUGCCGCUGUUGAGGAUUACGUGCGCGAUAAAUUGAAACAGACAUUUGAAUCGAUUCAGAAGCAGAAUCCCGAGAUUAUAAAGGAUAUGGAAAGCAUCAUUAAGGAAGGAAAAUUUGAUGGGAAAGCUAGUAUCAACGACGACACAUCAGAAGAUGAUGACAGUGAUGACGAAGAAGAAGUCGAUUCUUCGGGAAAAAGGAAAAUGCUGGUUGAGGAGGAUGAUCCCGACUGGCCUUUGGAUGCUGAAAUCGGUUGGGGAAUCCGAGCCUCCGAGUACUUCGACCAGCAUCCGAUACAGAAUGUUGUCGGCGAAGACGGCGCAGAGAUUGAUUGGGAAGGAGAGAUCGACGAGGGGCUGGUGAAAGAAAUCAACUGUCUUGAAUGGGAAAGCUUUGCUUUUCAUCCUAGCCCGCUGAUCGUCCUCGUUUUCGAAAGAUACAACAGGGCAAGUCACAACUGGAAAGUUCUGAAAGAAUUGGAAAAAGCAGCCGAGGUGUUCUGGAAAGCCAAGGAUCGACUCCCUCCUCGGACGGUCAAGAUCGAUAGAAACAUCGAGAAGGAUCUAGCAUAUGCUCUCAAAGCCAAAGAAUGCCCGCAAAUACUGUUCUUACGUGGGAACAGGAUAUUGUACCGGGAGACGGAUGUUAGAACAUCGGAUGAGCUCGUUCAGAUGAUCGCACAUUUCUAUUACAAUGCGAAAAAACCUUCGUGCAUCAACGAUGCUGCUCUAACUUCGCCGAAUCGAUGGAGAUGAGGCUUAUUGCUGCACCGGAUGCCGGCAUUUUUUCCCGGGAUGACGGCGCCGACAAAUAGGUACAAAAUAAUAUUUCGACGUGCUAUUUGGGGUCCGAGUAGGGUUACAAUGGUAUUGUAUUGUGUUCUAUUUGAUUUAGCUUUUG